AUGAUUUAAAAAAAAAAAAAAAGAAAAUAAGAGAAAAUAUAAAUUGUAAAAGGAAUAUAUUUAAUCUAAAUUUAAAUGAAAUUUUCAUCGUGCCAAAUCGUCAUCUAACGAUUCGAAUCUAUUCCGUUCGUUUACGACGAUUAUUAUUCGUUCAAAUAUCAUUCUAAUCGUCGUCAACGUAACGUAAUAUCUCGUGAUCAAGUAGAAAUAAGAAUAAACCAAAUAUCUAUCUCACUAUUGGUUCACCUAGAAACCAAAUCGAUAUUCGUACGAGGCACAGGGGCUCACUUCGUAACAGAUCUGCCAACUUUCAUCGAAGUCGUCAGUCUUGCUUGACACGCGUCGUGAUUUCCGAAUAAUUUGGAGAACGAUAUCGAAAUUUUUUUUUUGACAUUUUUCGUUUUUUUUCCUCUUCUUUUUUUUUCAUUUUUUCUCGCCGUUCAAAAUUCUCCAUCGAAGAUCAUAUUUUUAUACGAUAUAAUUAACUCUCUCUCUCUCUCUCUCUCUCUUUCUCUCUUUCUCUGUUCUUCUCAUUCUCGAGAAACCGAGAGUGAGAAGGGGAAAAAAAAACAAAAAAAGAAAAAUAAAUAGAUAAAUAGAUAAAUAGAUAAAUAGAUAAAUAGAUAGAUAGAUAAAAAUGAAUAAAGAAGUUGAUACGAGGAACGAUUUGUUCCAUAUGAAAAGUGGUGAUAAUAUUUUGAGCUACACCGACGACGAAUAUUUAAGAAAAUCUCAUAUAGAACGAGAGAGCAAGCAACAUUUCAAGAGAUAUCGCACAAAACAUAUGAAGCUGUUUCCCGAACUCUAUAGAAGCGACGUAACAAUUCAUCCCAGUUAUACGAAGCUCAAAAAUUUACCUUAUCAAGUCGUCUGUCAUCAACGUUUGCAAAGUAUCAAGAGACAAAUAUCACGUCAACUAAAUCGUGAGAUUAUGAAUUUUGCGAUGAUACAAAUGUUUGCCCUGGAUAGUAUAAGGAUCGAUCGAAUUUUUAGCGUUGGAAUGUCACCAAGGAUCACGAUCGUCCCAGAUUUCGCGACGGAGAAGGAACGCCGACGUAUCGAAGAGAUAUUACGUUAUUCAUAAAUAAAUGAUUAAUAAUCGUGCGUGCGUGUAUAUACCUACGUAAUGCGUAUUAUCAAAUCUUACGUAUCUAUUGUUAUGAAUCACGUGGACGCACAUACAAAGCAAAAAUAAAUGACCUUUAUAU